AUGCGCACAAAUAUAACUGUGAUGGAACGUCCUUCAUUUGCAGAAUACAGAAACUAGACUCUAGAGUCUAGAAUAGAGUUUAGAUUGCACGCUCUUUUUUACGUUCUAGUGAUUGAUUGCUGGACGAUAAGGACUAAGAUCUGGACUGUAGCUGAGUCAGUAGCAAAUAAGUUAUAUCAACCAUCAUGAUGACAUCGAUGGCCACAAAAUGGCGAUGUCUGCUUUCCAUGCAACAGAAAUCCAUCACACAGAUGAAGAAAUGUUUGUCUACAUGUACAGUUGUCAAGAGUCACAAUAUGCAACUGACUGCACCACAUCACCCAUCUAAACAUGGGCUGUUUUUUGCAAGAGGCUUCCAAACCACAAGUUGCUAUCUUAAUGAAGAGACCAACACAGGGUCAUCACAUACUCGUGCCAGUGGAAAUGUGUCUACAGUAAGGAAAAGUUUUCCCAGUCUUGAAGAGCUUGUGUUUCACAUGUUAAGCCAAGGGGAUGGAACCAUCUCAGUCAGUACAUUCUUCGAUGCUCUUCAAAGUAAAGGCUUGACUUUGAAUGACCCAAGACUAAAGGAAUCGAUGGAUAAAUUCCGUACAAAACAUCUUCCUCAGUUUCCAGAGAGAAUAGGAGAUAAACACCUUACUGCUGAUGAAUUCAAGGAGUGCGUACAAGACAAUAUUGUCUUAAUUGGCCGUGCCCUUCAGAACAAAUUAAUCAUCCCAGACUUUCCAGAGUUUGCUGCUACUAUUCAAGAAACAUUUUUAGAAGCAAGGAAUAAUGAAUCUGGAGAGAUUGCAGACUACAUCCCUCAGUUAGCUCGUCAGGACCCCAACUCCUGGGGAGUGAGUAUCUGUACCGUUGAUGGUCAGCGCUGCUCCUUUGGAGACACUACAGACCCAUUCUCCUUUCAAUCAAGCAGUAAGGCACCUGCUUACGCUCUUGCCUCUACCCUCAUGGGAUCUGAUUUCGUCCACAGACACAUCGGAUUCGAACCCAGCGGACAAUCAUUCAAUGCCUUGUUCCUCAAUAAUAACAAUAUGCCUCAUAAUCCCAUGUUGAACUCUGGUGCCAUAGUGACCGCUGCCCUCAUCAAGCCUGAACUAACUGCAGCUGAUAGAUUUGAUUUUAUCAUGUCAAAGUUUAGAGAAGCAGCUGGAGGAGAGAUUGUUGGCUUCAGCAAUGCCACGUUUCUUUCAGAGAAGAAGACAGGAUUCAGGAACUUUGCUUUGGCCUAUCUUCUCCAGGAUUACAACUGUUUCCCUGCUGGGGCUGAUCCAGUAGAUACACUUGACCUCUACUUCCAGAUCUGUUCAUUGGAAGUGAAUUGUGAGUCAGCUUCCGUCAUCGCAGCUACCCUUGCCAAUGGUGGGAUCUGUCCUCUGACUGGCAAGAAAGUGUUUGAAUCCGUUGCUGUUAGAGACACACUCAGCCUCAUGCUGUCUUGUGGAAUGUAUGAUUUCUCAGGACAGUUUGCUUUCCAGGUUGGGAUGCCAGCUAAAUCGGGUGUAUCUGGUGGAGUGAUGCUGGUAGUACCUAAUAUCAUGGGUAUAAUGAUGUGGUCUCCUCUUCUUGAUAGCUAUGGUAACAGCACCAGAGGUAUUCAGUUCUGUCAGGAUCUGGUGACACACUUUAACUUCCACAACUAUGAUAACUUGAGACAUCAUUCAGCAAAGAAGAUUGACCCUGUUACGCAAAGAACACAUAGUCAGGCAACAAGAAUCAUGAAGUUAUUGUUUGGUGCUUAUAAUGGUGAUGCUAGUGCUUUGAGGCAGUACUUCCUCCAAGGUAUGGACAUGUCUGAGAGUGACUAUGAUAGUAGGACAGCUCUUCAUCUUGCAGCUGCAGAAGGUCAUCUAGAAUGUGUGGAGUUCUUACUUGAGAAGUGCAGUGUAAGUCCUGAUGUACUAGACAGAUGGGGCCACACCCCUCUAGAUGAUGCAAGACUCUUUGGACAUACUGAUGUUGUUGAGAUGCUAGAGAACUUUAAAUCAAGAAGACAGGAACAACCAUGAGAGAUUAGGUUCAGUCCAUCAUUCUCAUGUUUAAUCAGGAAGAGCAGCUGUAUCUUAUGUAUUGAUAUGUUGUGCAAGAGAUGAUCUUAUCUUCAAUCCUGUUCUUCCAUGCUGAAUGGUUGUUUCUCUGGUUAGGCUUGGGACAAUCACUCCAUUGGACGUAGAGAGGACUGGUCAAUUCUGCUCUUCCAUGCUGCUUGGUUAUUACUCUGGUUGGGCUUGGAGCAAUCACUCCAUUGGACGUAGAGAGGUCUGGUAUUGGUUGUGUUUUGUUGGGUUUAGGGAGUAUGUUGAAGGAGAGGUUUGAAAUGUCACAAAAUUCAUUGAAACCUUGUUCACAGUCAGUAUAUAUAAUGAACAACCAAGAAAGCAUGUGAUGGAUGGUUUUUAGCAUUGACCAAGUUGUGUUUAUUAAUCUAUCUAGGACUUGAGUAUUUUGUCCCCAUUUUCUUCAUCCUUCAAUCCAUGACAAUAAUGGGUAAUUCAUACACUGAAAGAAGAUAUUUCUUGGGUGAUUAUACCUCCCUUCAACGUCCUGUGUGUAAUUUAUCAAAUGCCUGUUUUAAGACAAUGUCUUUGUAUAAAAUGAAUAUUUUGAAAGUUGAGGUUAUUAAUUAAGUUUGGUAUAGCAAUUAUGUGUUCUUGCAGACAAAAUACACUGCAUGUAGCUUUGUACAACUCGCUGCUGAGAUCUUCGGAGGGAAAAUAUGUUCAAUAACUCUUGUAUCUUGCAACAUGAAACUCUUAUUAUUUGUUUUAAUGUCAUAUCUUGAGGUAGUGCACUUAUCAAAAUGUGUAAAGAGCAAUAACCAGCUGUUCCUUCCAAACUUAUGUUAGAGUACUUAUUUUUAUGCUCAAAAUCAAUUCCUUUAUCAACUUGUUUGAAAACAUCUUUUUCUGUAGAAAAUGGUAAGUUGAUCUAUCUCCUUGCAUAUGUUUUUGAAGGUCAACCAUAUCAUUUUUUUUGUCCAUCCUUCCAUCCAUUCAUUUAUCCUAAAAUUGUGGUUUCUGUAUAAAAACUAAGGAUGCAAUGAUGGUAUGAAAUCAUAAUUUUGGUGUAUAGGUGCAUCACACUAAAAUACAGGUAAAAUUUUGUCAGUCUUCAUAGUCCACAGGACAAAGGUCACUGCUCAUUGGGUUUUUAUAUGCCUGUCCUAGAUGGGACGUAUUAUGGUAUCACGCUCGGUGUCCGUCCGUACGUUAACUUUUCCUUGUAAACGGGAUAACUUCAGUUUGACUUAACCUAGGCUAAUAUAAUUUGGUGUGUAUGAUAGCAUGUAUCCUAGGAAGCCUGUUGAUUUUGGGGUCAAAAGUUCGAAGGUCAAGGUCACAGUGACAUAUUUUCAUCUUACCCUUCUGCAGUCCUUGUAAACGCGAUAACUUCAGUUUAACUAAACCAAGGCUCAUAUAAUUUGGUGUGUAUGAUACUAGCAUGGAUCCCAGGAAGCCUUUCGAUUUUGAUGUCCAAAGGUCAACAUCACAGUGACAUGUUUUCAUCUUAUCCUUCUUAAGUCCUUGUUAACGUGAUAACUUUAGUUUAAAUUAACCUAGGCUCAUAUAAUUUGGUGUGUAUACUAGCAUUGAUCCUAGGAAUUCUAUUGAUUUUGAGGUCAGAAGGUCGAAGGUGAAGUCGACACCUUCCACUCUUGUUUCUUGACCAAUAACUACAUUUUCCGCAUUACAGACGGGCAUAUUCUUGUUUUUAAGAGAAACACAGGGGUGAUCUGUGUCCUAUAGUCUCUCCCACGUUUCAUUGAUGCAGGCUAUGUUACAAUGAAAAACACUCCAUCCCUCAGAUAGAAUGUUAAAUGGAGGCCCUGUGUAGAGGAGAGUCACCAACUUUGCACGUUAAGAACCCACUGCACUAUUGGUAUAAGAGUAGGGGGAAACCCCGGUGUAGUGGUCCACCUGCACUCCCCCCAAUCAGUUAUAUUGCGAGGAGAGACCUGCGGGUCAUAGUGAUUCAGUUUGCUUUUCGCCUCCCAAGCACAGGCGACGCCAAACAAAUACUAAUAAUAAUAUAGAACUCAAAACAUAUCUAGUUUGUAAAAAGAAGAAACUAAAAAUGGGUUACUUAGUCAAUCCUUAUACUUCAGUCUCUUUUUUCAGUCAAACUGUACCUCAACUUUGAUGUGGUUUAACAACAUUUGUCUGUUUCAGUACUAUGUGUUAUCAGACGGUUUUAAGUGUUGAAAUCUAACACAGACUCAAAAAUUAUACCAAAUCUAUUGGAUAAAAAUGAGGGGGUGGAUUGUGGGUAUUAAUAUAUACUUUCUUAAUGUUAAAUGUGAAGUUUCUCUUGUAGUUGGAUGGGCAUUAGAAAAAAAAAAUUAUACAAGAUGAUUAAUUAAUGAUCUCAGGGUUGUAAAGAUGUUCUUACCCAUAUUUGAAAUUUAGCUCAUUGAUGUAAAUUAAUCUUCUUGUGGUCAAUAUGAGAAAGUCAAUGUAAUCAAAGCAUUCUAGCUGAGUACCACUUCUUAUCUUCUGAAACCUCAUUUCUUGUGUGCAAUUACUGCAGAGCUGCCAAGUAGUACGAUUUUUCCGUAUUGAGUACGUUUUUGCAACCAAAAUACGGCAGUACGUUUUUUCUUUAAAAAAUACGUUUUUUGUAUUUAAAAAAAAAAAAAAAUCGAAAUUUAUUGAGAAAAAUCAUCUCUAUAUGUCUUUAUUUCAUAAAACGUACACAAAUAUGGUUAUUAGAUCAAUGUAAUUUCAGGUAACUUGUUUCUUUUUCAAUCAUUCUGUAAAAACCAGGGUGAGAUAUACACAAGUUUCAAUGUUGUUUUUUUUUCCAUCUGCAAGAGCAGUGCACAUUUUAGCUUGCAUGCAGCUUGAGCGCCGUGAUGAGCGAGUGCGCCAAGCAUUUUAUUAUGAAAUACACUUUUGGGGGGAAAAAUACAAAAUAUUUAUCUCACACGGUAAAAAUACUGAUUUUUUGGUCACAAUACUGAUUUUGGGGGAUAAGAAUACUGAAAAUGCAAAAUACAACUUGGCAGCUCUGAAUUAGUUUCAGUAGAUGUAGUGCAGUGUAAAAUAUACUCACAGAAAUAUUCAUGGAAGAUGGAGAUUCUUCUAUCAUGGAUUGGACUUAUACCCCCUGGAGGGUUUUUUAAAUGUCAUUAUUCAGUCAAAAUAUAUGCAUCUUGAUGAUGUAUUCAAUAUCUCAAUAUUCAUGACACUUUUUUUUUUUGGGGGGGGGGUUAUUAUACAGAACUGAGUACAGGUAACUCUGCCUAAGUCAACCUUCCAUAAGUCAAAUAAUCACCUAAGUCGAAGCAAUUUAUUGAGACCAGAUUAUUCAAAACGUGUUAUAUACCUCUUCUAAGUUAAAUUUUGCCCAAGUCAAACAGAUAUCUCUGGUCCUAAGAGAUUGGACUUGGGUAUCGUAGUUUGAUAAAUGAAGCUUGUACAAAGUAGGUAUCAAAACCCUAUUAUUAAUGUAAAUCUACUGCAUAGCUUGCAGUGAGUAUACAUCACAAAUGAUCUUGGGUUUUUUUAAAUUCUAUUGUAAAUCAUGAUACAAAUUUAAUGUUUUUUUUAUUACUUUUGUAAUGGUAAUUAUGAAAUAUAAAUGUGAAUGCAAUGAUAUACCUCUAUAAAUAUUUACAGAAAUAUCAAAUGGCAAUUUGUUGAAUUUACUUUCUCUUUACAAUGAUCAAAAAUUCUAUUGCAGCUUUUGUAAAAAAAAAUGCUUGUUUUCCCAAAAUAAAGCAUGAAGGAAGUAUAUUGCAUAAAUACUAAAGAUAGUAUACUAUUUGUAACGCUAGCAUCUUUCUCUUUAAUGUUCAGACUUUUUACAUUUCAUGCUGUGCUUUGUCUAUUUUUGGGGUAUAUUUUUUGUAUUUACCUCAAUUGUAAGAUACUUGAAAAUAUUGAAAUUUUUUAAAUUUCAUACUAAUUAAUUCUUUAUCAUAUCUUGCUAAAGUGAGUGUUCAUGCAGUAACUGCUUUACAGAAUGAAUGAAAUGGCAUUUUGCAUUAAUUGAGAAAUCAUUAUUAAAUAAUGAAUAUAACUGUUGCUCAAAUCUUAUUUACCAUGUGCUGAAAAUAUAUUGCAUCCAGAAUUUUA